GCCCCACCCUGCGGACCCAGGCUCAGCCCCCCGAGUAGGCGGGCCCGGCCCCGGCAGCAGCGCCUGGCCGAGUGCCUCCAACUCCUCAAAGCGCCUCAGAGUCCUCGCAAAGAUCAACCGAGGGAAAGCCGCAUCAGACGGACGCUGAACUUCCUCAAUCGGCCUCCACCGUCGCAUGACCCCUGAUGCGCCAUCAGUGGAGGCGGGGGACAGCCAAGCCCCCAGCACAGGCAGCUUCUGACGAAGCGUGCUCGUGACACCCUCCACCCCACCCACCCCUUUGGUGCCCACGGGGAUGUCGGCGCCGAGGCGGCUGGCGCUGGCCGCCGUCACCAUGGCCUCCCUCCUGUGCUUCUACUUGUUGCCCUGGUCCCAGCUGACAGAUGGUCUGUCUGUCUUCCGCAGCGAUUCGCCAGACUCGGAGUCGAGUCUCUGUGGCGACCGGGCGAGCCCCACCCCCUCGCCAGCUGCUCACGCGUACAACGUUUUCGGAAAAACCACCGAGCCCUCCUUCAUCGGCGAUGCUUACGCCAACGAAGACGUCCCACCGCAAACUGACUGCCCCGACGGCAUCAGAAGCCGCGUCCUACGCUCCGACGUGGCUGGCCUGUUCCUGAAGAACAUUCCGGUGCUGCAGCAGUCCACAGACGCCACGCCCGCCCAAUACAGCCGCCUCAGUCGUUACGUGGGUGCCAACGGCUGGGGGAGCCUCGCCUACCCCGUGCUGUCGGACACGCUGGCGCUGCUCAACUCAUCCGCCAACGGCAUCAUGUUGGACGACUGGGCGAGGCGCGGCAACCGAUCCGGCUGCAUUCGCUGCGCCGUGGUGGGCAACGGCGGGAUCCUGAAGGACUCCGAAAAGGGCGAAGAGAUCGACAGCCACCACUAUGUCUUCAGGACAAACGGCGCCGUCCUGACAGGCUUCGAGAAAGACGUGGGGGUCCGCACCACCCACUACACCUUCUCAACCAACACCUUGAUGAACUCCAUGAUGAGCUACGCCUCCGCCGGAUACCGAGGCCCGCCUCAGUCCCAGGAAAUGCGUUACGUCUUCCUGCCUGACCACGACCGCGACUACUUGAUGAUGAAGGCGGCGGCCCAGCACACGCUGGUUGAGCGAGGCCGGGAGCAAGGCAAAGACCCCACGGCGUACUUCGGGAAGGACGUGACAGUGGCCAAGCUGAAGAUGUACCAUCCCGACUUCAUCCGCUACCUGCGAAACAGGUUCCUUCCGUCCAAAACCCUGAAAACCAAGAACCGCAACAUCUACCGGCCAUCGACCGGCGCCAUCAUGCUACUGGCAGCGCUGCACAGGUGCGACCGUGUCAGCGCAUACGGCUUCAUGACGCCGCAGUACAAAAAGUACUCGGACCAUUACUAUGACAAGCAGUACCACCGGGUGGGGUUCUUCAUCAAUCACGACCUGAUGCUGGAGAUGAACCUGUGGCAGCGACUGCACCAAGCCGGCCUCAUCACGCUCUACAUGCGCUCGUGAACACUCCUUUGUCAAUUCUUCUGAGCGUCCCUCGACAUUUCUGACCACUCCCAAAUGCUCCUGACCUGAGGCAGCGAGCGAGCCUCGACACCGCGAAGACUCCUGAAAAGCCGCCCUUGUAGUUUUUUUAUUUAUUGUCAUGACGCGCAUUUGCACGCCCUCGGCUGCUGCUUGUGGCCACCGAUGGCUCCUCAGCGACGUAUACGCCCGCCACGCUCAGCUGAAGGCGGCGCCGUUUUGCGUCUCACAUUGUUUUUGGCAAGCAAAAGCGGCCCGUUGCUGAGCCAGACUGUUUACUGGGCGGUUGCCGUGGCAACCACCAACCGGACUCUCGAUCCUGUUGCUAGGACAGCAGCGGAUUGGAGCGCCAGGAACCACAUUUUUUUGCCUUGUCUCUUCUUUGCUUUUCUUUUCUUUCUUUGCGACCUUUAUUUAUUUUCAACAUGUUCUUUUUAGCUAUGUUUCAACACGAGCAUGUUCCUUUUCACAUGUUUUUCAAACCAAGUUUCAUUGUGACUGCCACUGCCGUCAUUUCAGUGACUUUUUAUAUUUUCCAUGUGGGUAAUGUGUAAUAAGAGCAGAAAAGAGAGACGCUUAUCAAGUGCCAAGUGAAUGAGUAACUGUGACGCACAAUAAAAACGCUUUUAAAAGCUG